UGGAAAUGCAACCCAUGUAGCAAUGAUAGGAAACAAUAAGCUUUGUGGAGGUAUUUCAGAUUUGCAUCUACCAUCAUGCCCUAUCAAAGGUAGAAAACAUGCAACAAACCAUAAUUUCAGGUUGGUAUCAGUGAUAGUUAGUGUGGUUUCUUUUCUUAUCAUACUUUCAUUUAUUAUAAUUAUCACCUGGAUGAAAAAAAGAAACCAAAAACCAUCUUUUGAUUCACCAACAAUUGAUCAACUAGAUAAAGUUUCAUACCAAGAUUUACAUCAAGGAACCGAUGGAUUCUCAGAUAAAAACUUGAUUGGAUCAGGAGGUUUCGGUUCUGUGUACAGAGGAAAUCUUGUGUCGGAAGGUAAUGUUGUUGCUGUGAAAGUCUUCAACCUCCAAAACAAUGGAGCUAGCAAGAGUUUCAUUGUUGAAUGUAAUGCACUCAAAAACAUUAGACACCGAAACUUAGUUAAGGUUUUAACCUGUUGUUCUAGUACAGAUUACAAAGGUGAAGAAUUUAAAGCACUAGUUUUUGAUUACAUGAAAAAUGGAAGCUUAGAACAAUGGUUACAUCCUGAGAUUUUAAAUUCAGAGCAUCCAAAAACAUUGGACCUUGGUGAUAGGUUAAACAUCAUUAUCGAUGUUGCUUCUGCAUUACAUUAUCUGCAUCAAGAAUGUGAGCAAUUGAUUAUUCAUUGUGAUCUAAAGCCAAGUAAUGUUCUUCUUAACGACGACAUGGUUGCUCAUGUGAGUGAUUUUGGCAUUGCAAAACUUGUCUCAGCCACCGAUGGCAAUACUAGUACAAUUGGAAUAAAAGGAACCAUUGGCUACGCUCCUCCAGAGUAUGGAAUGGGUUCUGAAGUGUCCACGUGUGGUGACAUGUAUAGCUUUGGAAUCCUUAUGUUGGAAAUGCUUACCGGUAGAAGACCCACCCAUGAAGUUUUUGAAGAUGGUCAAAAUCUGCAUAACUUUGUUGCAAUUUCACUUCCUGAUACUUAACACUUUUUCUCCUCAUUAAUUGAUUGCAUAUCAAAAUUUCUAACCUACAAAAUACAAAGGCAAUAACAAGCUUCCUCUUGAUUUGAAUUUCAGGUGUUCACACUCAUAAGUAAUUGAACUAAAUUUAUAAGGUCAUUUGUGGGAGAAGAAGUGUCUAGCUGGAAGCGUGUAUGAGUGUGUUCAAUGAAUUUGGUUUGCAAGAUUAAAUUAUGUGUGAUUAUGUUCAGUGUAUUGCUUUCUAAUUCAAUGAAGUGAGAAUAGUACUUCUCUCAUAUGUAUCUUCAUUCCAAAUCUCAUGGAAGGCCUGCAAUUUGACAAUUAGUGGUGUAAUCAAUGUAAUAUCGCAUAUUUGCUAGUAUAAAUUAAGUUAUGGUUUAAAUAUGUA